AGAGAGAAAAGAGAUAUAUCACAACAACAAUAUGAGCAGAGAGAACACGACGCCGCUUUCAGUGCCGACAGGCUACAGGUUCCAUCCCACCGAAGAGGAGCUUGUGAACCACUAUUUGAAGAAGAAGAUUCAUGGUGGAAAUGAUUCCGAAAUCAACCAAAUCAUCCCUGAAAUCGACCUCUGCAAAUACGAGCCGGCUGAGCUCCCUGCUUUGUUGGGGACUGAAACAGAGGCUCAUGACAUGGAGUGGUUCUUCUUCACCAGAAAGACUUACAAGUACAACAAAAGCUCUCGCUCGAAGCGAACCACGAACAAGGGAUACUGGAAAAUCACAGGCCCGGAGCGUGGGAUUAAAGCUCGACGAUCCAAAGCUGUGAUUGCGAAGAAGAGGACAUUGACUUUUUACCAGGGUCGUGUGCCGACAUCGAAGAAGACCAGCUGGGUCAUUCAUGAGUAUUACCUUCCUGGAAAUGGAGUUAUUCCGUAUCCGAAGCAGGCCCAGGGUGACUUUGUUAUCUGUCGCUUGAAGAUUAGAUCAGAUAGGAAGGAUUCUUCGGUCAGUAAUGAAGAAGAACCUGGUAGCGCGAGUCUGUCUGAAAUGAAUCAAGAGGGAAAUGAGGAGUUGCUACUCCAUCAACCUCAACCUCUGGAUGACUGCUGCUCCUCAGCACUGCGGUCACCGGUGUCCCAAGAGCUGGAAGCUGUUCUGCAAACCAACGGCACUAAUCAUGAUUGUAAUGAGUUGCAAUCACCAUUUGGAGAUAGUGAGUCCUGUGUUCAAGAUGGGAAUGAAGUUUCAACCUGUGAUGAAUGUGAGACUGUGUAUGAUGUGUUUCCACAGUUACGUGAUCUGCCAGAACAAAAUCUGGAUUCACUCUUUGGUCCACAUCAGCAACAGGAGUACUGCCCCUCUAUACUACAGUCACCAAUAUACACAAAGCUGUGAGAUGUUCCAUAUCCACUUCAGCCACAAGAGUAUUGCCCUUCCAUACUGCAGUCACCAAUAUACACAAAGCUGCGAGAUGCUCCAUAUCCACUUCAGCCACAAGACUACUGCCCCUCCAUACUGCAGUCAUCAAUAUACACAAAGCGCAUGUCUACUUCAGCCACAAGAAUACUGCCCCUUCAUACUGCAGUCACCAAUAUACACAAAGCUGUGAGAUGUUCCACAUCCACUUCAGCCACAAGAGUAUUGCCCCUCCAUACUGUAGUCACUAAUAUACACAAAGCUACGAGAUGUUCCACAUCCACUUCAGCCACAAGAUUACCAGCUCUCAAAGUUGCAAUCACCAAUGUACACAAAGCUGGGAAAUGUUUCACAUCAACUUCAGCCACAAGAUUACCAGCUCUCAAAGUUGUAGUCACCAAUAUACAAAAGUCACCAAUAUACACAAAGCUGGGAAAUGUUUCAAAUGGCAUUCUCUAUUGUGGUGAAUGCAAUAAUUGGCAAUCAGCAUUUAAGAAAAAAAUUUCAACAGAUGAAGUUGACAUAACAGUACGUUAGACAGAUCAUGUCUAAUUUUAAUAGUUUGAACUGUAGCUAGUUGGUUGAUGGAAUAGUAGUUGCAAAUGUGUGUGAUUGUUAAUAGUUUGAAUCCUUGUAAGUAAUUUAUCAAGUUUAAUGGGAUUUUGUGUACUUUUAUCUC